UAAUGCCAUUUCAUAUUCUGUAGUCUGUACAUAUAUCUAUGUACUCCUCCUUAGCCACAACCUUCUCAAACUUGCAUCGUCCCAAUUCCACUCAUACUACUACGCACAAACACUCUCAACUCCUCGUUUCAACAUGGGAAGCCUCUCGUUGGAGACGUCAAAUUUACAAAGUAGAAGUGGUGGAGUUGUGAGCAACCCCACACUUCUAUGCACUCCACUUGUGGGAACCACAGUAGAUCAAAUGCUUGUUGAUAUGCACAGGGCCAAGGAGAUUGGCUCUGAUAUUGUUGAGAUUCGCCUUGAUUGCUUGAGAAGCAUCAAUCCAGCAUCAGAUCUUCAAACCCUCAUUAAGCAAAGUCCUUUGCCCACUCUUGUCACUUACAGACCUAUUUGGGAAGGUGGUCAAUAUGAAGGAGAUGAAACCAAGAGACAGAAUGCUCUUCGUCUAGCCAUGGAAUUUGGAGCUGAUUAUAUUGAUGUUGAACUUCAGGUUGCUCAUGACUUCAUCAGUUCUAUACAUGGAAAGAGGCCAGACAAUUUCAAGGUGAUAGUUUCUUCACACAACUUCCAUAACACUCCAUCAUCUGAGACCAUUGGGAAUCUGAUAGCAAGCAUUCAAGCUACUGGAGCUGACAUUGCCAAGAUUGUGACCACUGCAUUGGACAUUACAGAUUGUACUCGAAUUUUUCAGAUAACUGUACAUUCUCAUAUCCCAAUAAUAGGAAUAGUUAUGGGGGAAAGGGGAUUGAUUUCACGGCUACUCAGCCCCAAGUUCGGUGGCUAUCUCACCUACGCCGCACUUGAGGCCGGCGCAAUCUCAGCUCCUGGGCAACCAACGGCCAAAGACUUGUUGGAUCUGUACAAUUUUAGGCUUAUAAGACCAGACACUAAAGUGUAUGGAAUUAUAGGAAAGCCAGUAGGUCACAGCAAGAGUCCUCUUUUGUUCAAUGCAGCAUUCAAGUCUGUCGGCCUUAAUGCAGUUUAUAUGCAUUUUUUGGUAGAUGAUGUGGAGAAAUUUUUCAAUACCUACUCUUCUCCAGAUUUUGCCUCUGGAUGCAGUUGCACAAUUCCACAUAAGGAGGCUGCACUUAAAUGCAUGGAUGAGAUUGAUCCUAUUGCCAAGAAAAUAGGAGCAAUCAAUAACAUUGUAAGGAGACCAGAUGGGAAAUUGAUAGCUUUCAAUACAGAUUACAUUGGUGCUAUCACUGCUAUUGAGGAUGGAUUAAGAGAUUUGAACGGUGCAACACCUGGCGGCGCAUCGCCUCUCGCCGGGAAGCUGUUUGUUGUAAUGGGAGCCGGUGGAGCUGGCAAGUCACUGGCCUAUGGAGCUGCACAGAAGGGAGCAAGAGUUGUAGUUGCUAACCGCACAUUUGAAAGAGCUGUAGAUUUAGCAGCAAAAGUUGGAGGAAAAGCAAUUCCUCUGAGUGAAGUUGGAGAGUUUCAUCCAGAAGAAGGGAUGGUGUUAGCAAAUGCAACUUCUGUGGGGAUGAAGCCUAAAGUUGAUGACACUCCCAUUCCAAAGCAUGCUUUAAGGCAUUACUGCUUGGUGUUUGAUGCGAUAUACACGCCAAAGGACACGAGACUGUUGCGGGAAGCAAAGGAAACCGGCGCUGCAAUUGUGUAUGGUACAGAGAUGUUGAUCCGUCAAGGCUUCGAACAGUACAAAAACUUCACUGGUUUGCCUGCACCCCAAGAAUUGUUCAGACAGCUGAUGGAGAAACAUGCCUGAUGAUCAAGGGGUUAACGUCAGCUCAAUGAUCUGAAAAAUUUCUGUGGUGGUGUGGAUGUCUAAAUGCAACAAUAAUACUUAAUGUUAUAAACUUGUAUUUCUUUUGGCCAAAACCGAGUCAAUUUUAUUUUGUCUUUAUUAUGUGAUUUAGUCAACCAGACCUCUGAGUUUGUGUGUGCGUGUGUGUUGAGAUUUAGAAAUGACAUUUUCUAUCUUUA